AAAAAUCAGAAGUAAACUACAUAUGUAACCAGAACUUCAAUAAACCAAUCCAACACGUUAUUAAAUAAAGCAAAUGGAGCUCAUCUAGAAACACCCUCUUUAAUAUCCAACAUAUAACUUGUAUAAACUCUGACAAUGUAGAAACAUAUUACUAUGUUAGGAAACUAUUACGCCAAAGUCAAUCAUGGUUAGAUAAACUCAUAAACCCCAUUCCUCUUAACAUACUACAAAUCCUCGAAUUUUCUUCUUAGAAUUUCCAUUCCUUAGUCCCUUGAAAUUUUUCCCUAAAUAAGUCCGAAAUGGAUGGUGUUCGUCACCGUCCUCGACCACUUCUUAUUAUGAUGAUAGCUUUCAACAUCAUGUUCAACACUCUCAGGCCAAUUAUCAUCCCACCAACUGCUCUCAACGCAUCAUGUCCAAAACCGGAGAUGAUGACAAUAGCGGAAUUUCGAGUCAGACAAGUAACUAUAAAGAGUUUUUGGGUGUUUAGUAACUCAGCGUUUGCCUUUGCUCUUGCGGCGGCAUUAGUUCAAGUCUGGACGCAGAGAGGAGAGAGAGUCUCCUUUACGCUUGUGAUGGUCGCUUUGCUCUGCAUGUCGAUUUCGAGCAAGUGCUCGAUGGUUGUUAACUUUUGGCCUUCUUGGUUUAUUUAUGCUUCCUCUUUCACUGAAGGACUGUUACUUCUGCUAACUAUUUGUCUCUAAACCUGUCCUAUCAAGAAGAAGGUACGAAAGGACGGCAUACUCUGUCCCUUAGUGAAAGCGUGAAAGCUCCUCUGCCAAGCUCUCUGUCUUGGUUAAUGGUUAAUGUGAUCUCUGUUAUGUUCACGGUGGAUAUCGUUGGAUGAGAUCGUCAAUCAGUAAUUUAUAUAAUAAGUUCAUUAAUAUUCGAUCUUUUAUAUGUGUGAUGUGUUUUGCUCUGUUGUAUCAUGAAUGUUUGCUCUAUUUUCUAAACCAAGCAGAAUAAAAUUUCCACGAACCAACUUGUUUAACCGGAAAUAUCGUGUUUCGUAACGAAUGAAAAUUGUGUAACCGGUAUUUCACGGUGGCCAAAGAGGUCAGGUCCUUUAUCAUCACAACUCACGCCGUUAGAAAACGUACGGUUAUUAUAAACCAUAGUUAAUAGUAAAAAUUUAACCAUGGUCAGGUUAACAUUAAACCCCUUUUUCCUCUUUUUAACAAAUUCCAAAACCCCUUGUUCAGAUUUUUCUCUCUGAUCUUCUUCGUCUCAAAUCCUGCAAGAUUCCGAUCGCCAUGGAUGAGGAUGGAGCUGUUGAGAGACGUAAAGUGCAACGUCGAUUGAUCGUUCGUUUCGGCGUCGCAGUCACGCUCGUUCUUUUGACCGGAGUCUACAAACGAGCAGCUUGUUUCAAUGGUUCAGAUCCAAAUUCGGGAACGGAGACGACGGAGAACGGAGACGCUGCCUUCUAUUGGGCAUCAAUGUUCAACAAAGCAGCUCAGAUUUCUUCUUUGACCGCGACUAUCCAUACCCUACCCCUGACGCUGAUGUUGGCACUAGGGAUGAGACGCCGAAUAUACUGCAACUGCGAUACGCAGAUCCUGUUGUCUUUCGUCUGCCUAACGAUCUCGCUCUCUCUCAUGGCGUAUCUUCGCUGGUGGAUGAAUUAGUUAGUCGCUCUUUGCUUUCUUCGUUUACUGAGACGUGAGUAAGAAUCAUCCUCUGCUUUCUCUAUCUCUAUUGAGUAAGAAUCAUCCUCUGCUUUCUCUAUGGAACUGUGUCGUUUUAGUAAGAUUAUCCUCUGCUUUCUCUACGGAACGGUGUCGUUUACUGAGAUCAUCCUCUGCUUUCUCUUUCUUCUUCUUCUUCUUUUUUUUCUCUGUUUCUUUGGUUUGGGAUCUUGAACAUGAUUUUAUGAAUACCAUUUGAUUUCUAA